AUGUCAACAAAUCGUGUUGCUGUUUACGGCGGUCGAGGAGGACUUGGUUCAGUAAUUGUUGAUUAUUUCAAAAGUAAAAACUUUUGGACGUUAAGUAUAGACAUUAUAAAGAAUGAAGUGGCUGAUGCAAAUGUGGUGGUAAACAAGGAUUUUUCGUGGACAGAACAGGAAGAUUUGAUUCUCAAAUCUGUCGGUGAAACACUAAAUGGUGAACGUCUGGAUGCAGUAUUGUGUGUAGCAGGUGGCUGGGCUGGUGGUAAAGUUAAUAGUGAAAAUAUGAUUAAAAAUUCGGAAAUCCUAUGGAAACAGAAUGUUUGGACAUCCACUAUAUCUGCUCGAAUUGCUGUGUUGUAUUUGAAAAAUGGCGGUCUUCUCCAAUUCACUGGUGCAGCAUCGGUGUUGAAAGAUACAUCAGAAAUGUUGGGAUAUGGUAUAGCAAAGGCAGCAGUACAUCAAUUGACUAAAAGUCUUGCUCCUAAAAAAUCUGGAAUGCCCGAUGAAUCUACCGUUGUUGCUCUUUUGCCAACAAUGCUAGAUACUGCACAGAAUCGCAAAUGGAUGCCAAAAGCGAACACUGAUUCAUGGACAUCGCUUAAUUACAUAGCAGAACUAUUGCAUGAUUGGACGUUAACUCCAUCAUCACGACCUCCAAACGGUUCAUUAGUCGAAAUAAUUACACAAAACAAACAAAAUGAAUUGAAGAUACACUGA